UAUAAAAUUGAAUAGAAAUGAAUGUUUUUCUCUUAUCUAUCCGAAUAAACAAAGUGUUAAUGUUGACAAUAUGUUUUCAUAAUUUAUAAUGAAUUUCAAACUAUUUUCAUUAUGAAUAAAAUUGACGUUUUUUUUUCACGAGAAUUUCUAUGAUUAUGAAGAAUAUAAUGAUAUUUGAUAUAAAAUUAAUUAAGUUUUAUUUUCACAAUAAAAGUUCAAGGCAUAAAAAUUGAAAAUCGAUUAAAUAAAAGAGUUUACAAUUCGAAAUAGAAACAUUCGAAAAUAUAGAGUAGUAAUAGGUGCACAUGAUCAAGUAGAAAUUUGAUGAAAAUGACUUGACUUUUUUUAAUAAACGACGAAGAAAAAACAUUUUCUCCAAAUUUAAUUUUUCUAAAAUUGAUCAUGUGUUUUUUUUUCGUUUUUGGUUGAGUUUCUUAAGAUUUUAAUAGUUUUUCUCGAAAAUAUUAGUUCUUGUUCAAAUUGAUUUUAUUCUUAAUUUCUUUUAAAAUAUAAAAUAUAAAAUUCUCCAUCGAUUAAUAAAUUAGUUGAAUUUUUUUUUAAUUAAAAUUAUAUUUAUUACUUUAUCUUUCAUAUAAAUCUAUGAUUGUAAUUGAACAUUUAUCGAUUCUAUUAUGUCUUAUAGUUUAGAUAAAAUAGUUGAUAACAAGAAGAUGAAAAUGAAUGUCUUAUUUAAAAAGUCAAUUUCAAUUAAAUUUAUCUCUAAUUGAAUUUCGAAUGAUAAUAUAUUUUUAUUUUCAGGUAAAUAUUUAUUAUUUAAAAAUGAAUUAGAAUCUAUUAAAUCAUUAACAUUAAUUCACUCACAACAACUUAUUGAUAUCGUUCAAUACUUAUACGAUUGUUGUAUUAUUCAUCGUGAUUUACGUCCACCAAACUUGAUGUUUGAUAGAAGACGUCAGCAUUUAAUAUUAAUCGAUUUUGGUUUUGCCAAAACUUACGAAAUAAAUGACUUGGCAUUGGAAUUACCAAUAGAAGGAACAAUUCCGUAUGCUAGUGAAAAUUUUUUUCGUUUUCAUUUAAAAUUAUCAGAGAAUUUAUUCUUUAAACAAGAUUAUGAAUAUGAAAGAACGUUUUAUCUACAGUGUGCAAUAAAUAUAAUAAUGAUUAUGAAAGACACGUAUAUAAGAGAUAAAAUAGAUUCAAUUAAACCAUUGUCAUCUGUUCAUGAAAAAAUAUUGGCAUCAUCAAAAUUAUGGGAAAAUGUUAAAGAGGAGAAUAAAAAUUAUUUUAAAUUAUUAGAAUUAAUCAACAACUUAACAGAAUCGUCUGAUUUUGAUGUUAUUAAACAAGAUAUUGAUUUUAUUCUUCUUUAUUCAGGUGAAUUAGUUAAUAAUUUUAAUUAA